GGCGAGGUGAAAGGGCGGCCCAUAGGCCGCUUGAGGUAGAGCUCCGGAGGCUGAGCCAACGAUGAUGGCGGCGGCGGCGGCCUCUCUGCGCCGGGUGGGCGCUUGGCAGCAGCGGCAACAGCAGCAGCGACGCGGAGCUCUGGAGCGGCUGUUCGGGGCGCGAGCGUGUAUUGCACAACUUUCAAAAUGGAGAUGGUACCUUAUUACUUCUCGUGGAUUGCACUCAACAGCAUAUGAUCCAAAUGAAAAGACAUUUGAGAAGCUUCUUAUUGCCAACAGAGGAGAAAUUGCCUGUAGAGUAAUUAAAACAUGCAAGAAGAUGGGUAUUAAAACGGUUGCUAUACACAGUGAUGUUGAUUCCAGUGCGGUCCAUGUGAAAAUGGCGGAUGAAGCAGUCUGUGUUGGCCCAGCUCCCACUAGUAAAAGCUACCUCAACAUGGAUGCUAUCAUGGAAGCCAUUAAAAAAACCCGGGCCCAAGCUGUCCAUCCAGGAUAUGGAUUCCUAUCUGAAAACAAAGAAUUUUCUGGCCGUCUGGCAUCAGAAGGUGUUGCUUUCAUUGGACCAGACAUGCAUGCUAUUCAAGCAAUGGGGGACAAGAUAGAAAGCAAACUACUAGCCAAGAAUGCAAAGGUCAACACUAUACCUGGUUUUGAUGGGGUGGUCAAGGAUGCAGAUGAAGCUGUCAGAAUUGCAAGGGAAAUUGGCUACCCCGUCAUGAUCAAGGCUUCAGCAGGCGGUGGUGGGAAAGGCAUGAGAAUUGCGUGGGAUGAUGAAGAGACCAGGGAAGGUUUUAGAUUUUCAUCCCAAGAAGCUGCUUCAAGUUUUGGUGAUGAUCGAUUGUUAAUAGAAAAGUUUAUUGAUAAUCCACGUCACAUAGAAAUUCAGGUAUUGGCUGAUAAACAUGGCAACGCAUUGUGGCUGAAUGAAAGAGAGUGUUCUAUUCAGAGGAGAAAUCAGAAAGUUAUUGAAGAAGCACCAAGCACUUUCCUGGAUCCUGAGACACGCAGAGCUAUGGGAGAACAAGCAGUGGCUCUUGCAAAAGCUGUAAAAUACUCAUCUGCUGGAACAGUGGAAUUCCUUAUAGACUCAAGAAAGAAUUUCUUCUUCUUGGAAAUGAACACUAGACUUCAGGUUGAACAUCCCAUCACAGAAUGCAUUACCGGUCUGGACCUAGUCCAAGAAAUGAUCCGUGUUGCCAAGGGUUACCCUCUGAGGCACAAACAGGCUGAUAUUCCUAUCAACGGCUGGGCGGUUGAAUGUCGAGUAUAUGCUGAGGAUCCCUACAAAUCUUUUGGUCUGCCAUCUAUUGGUAGAUUGUCUCAGUACAAAGAACCGCUGCAUGUGCCCAAUGUACGUGUUGAUAGUGGCAUACAGCAAGGAAGUGAAAUCAGCAUUUAUUAUGAUCCUAUGAUUUCAAAAUUGAUCACCUAUGGAUCCAACAGAGCUGAAGCUUUGCAAAGAAUGGAAGAGGCCUUGGAUAAUUACGUUAUUAGAGGUGUGGCCCACAAUAUUGCAUUACUACGGGAAGUGAUCAUCCAUCCACGCUUUGUCCAGGGAGACAUCAACACAAAAUUUCUUCCAGACGUGUAUCCUGAUGGCUUUAAAGGACACACGUUGAAGGACUCUGAAAAAAGGGAGCUACUGGUAACAGCGGCGUCUUUGUAUGUGUUUGAACGACUUAGAUCACAGAGAUUUCUGGGAACUCCAAGGGUUUCUGUUGUUCCACCUGAUGCUAACAACUGGGAGCUAUCAAUCCAGCUGGGGGAAACAACUCACUCAGUUGUAGCUUCAAGUCAAGGAUCUACAUUCUUGGUGGACGUCGACGGGAUAAAACUUAGUGUGACUGGGGAGUGGAACUUGGCUUCAGCCCUGCUGUCUGUCAAUGUAAAUGGUGUUCAGAGGACUAUACAGUGCCUUUCACGUGAUGCAGGUGGAAAUCUUAGCAUUCAGUUCCUUGGCACAGUGUACAAGUUACGUAUCCUGACCAAGCUUGCGGCAGAACUCAGCAAGCACAUGCCAGAGAAAGUGGUGGAGGAUACCUCCAGCAUCCUGAGAUCACCCAUGCCUGGAGCAGUGGUGGCAGUUUCCGUAAAGCCUGGAGACAUGGUUGCAGAAGGUCAGGAGGUCUGUGUGAUUGAAGCUAUGAAAAUGCAGAACAGUUUGGUUGCUGCUAAAACUGGCAAGGUGAAAGCUGUACACUGCAAAGCUGGUGAAACUGUCGGGGAAGGAGAUGAGCUUGUGGAACUGGAAUGAAACUAUUUAUUUCAUAUGUUGCCACAAUUGGACGAUCACCUUCUAUGUUCCUCCACAAAUUCAAAUGAACAUUAAGGUAGCAAGCAAAUUAUGUAAACUAAAUCGAUGCAAUGGUGUGUUUUUUAAACUAUCUUAAACAAGAGGCAAGGGUCCAUGGUUUACCUUGCUGAGACUGAACUUAAAAUUGCCUCUGGAUCUCAUAUAUCACUCCUUUUAUAAAUACCUGUACAUAUGGGAUUUGUAAUUCUCUUCUGCAGUUCUAAUGCUAUCAAACAAAUUAAUAAAAGCAUUUUUGCAUAUAAA